UGUAGUGAAACCGUAUGUCAAAAUUCCAGUGAGUAGAACUGCAGCAAUAUGGCGGAGACAGAAGUUACCGCUGCUGCCCCAGCAAGCGAUAAUAAGGCGCAAACUAAUGACCCAGGAACUAGUACCAAAUUUAGCAUCGCCAAGGUUCAAAUUAAGCCCGGUAAAACCAUCGAUCCCAAUCAAGAAGAAUCGGCCAUCUACUACUUGAGCAGGUUACCAGUUCUGAAGGAAAGAGCUGCUCCCUAUGUCCCUAUGCCUUACUCGUUUAGAGUCAGUGCCUCUUGUAACAGGAUCAAGAUUCAGAAUAUGUGGGGUAGAUGUCCGCCUUUCCAUCUUCUGUUCGACCAUACGAUUGCGGUUCUUUGGCUGCUGUUCUCCCCGAAAGACUACAAUUGUCCUCUAGGCAUUUCCCAGCUGCAGUGGGCUUUGGCUUUCCUGAAAACCAUCCACACCCGCCAGGGCGACCAUCCCAAGGACGUGCAGAUCUGCAUCGACCUCAUCGAGAACAUCCUUCUGGACCAAUACGCCGAUCUAGCCAAAGAUCUAACCGGCAUCACCAAACUUGACCAAACCGUUCACUACGUCGACGGAGCUUUAGGUACUCAGUCGAUGGUAGUAAAGACCAUGCCGUUCUCCUUAAAUUACGAAGAAAUGAUUAAUAAAUGCCCAGCUACUGUGGCAUCGAAGGAUUCGAAAUUGUCGAUGACGUCCGCUGAGGCUAAGGACGAGCUGGAGAACAUCAAGAAGGCUGCCGGUGUUCAGUCUAUCGAGAACCUUGAUACUGUUUCUAAACAUCGGGCUAUCAACGUACUGAAAGCUUGGAAGACAGACCAACUAGAAAAGAUACGUGGGGAACUGAGGAGGCUGAGGUCAAUCGAAGACAAAAUGAAAGAUAUAGACGAUAACUUUGAAGGUUACAUAGAGGAUGACUUGGAAAUGUUAUACCCACAGUAAUAUAAGCCGGUUAUAUUUUAUGUGUACCUACCCACCUCUUAUUGAGGAUUUUAAUAUAUUGAUAAGGUCGUAGAAAUGGUAUAGGAAGUGUAUACAUAAUAACAUAAGUUGAUUAUAUUAGUUUUCAAUAAAGUAUG